AAAGUGAGAAAGCUCCUCACACACAGUAUCUUGGAACCAUCCUCACAUGGAUUUAACAUCACUGUCGAUACUUGACAUUGGGAAGCAAUUGAGUGGACCUUUUCUUUUUUUCUGUUUUUUUCUUUUUCUUCCUUUCUUUUUUUAAGCAUGUCAACAGUUUAAUUAAGGAGCUACUGUGUGUGUGUGUGUGUGUGUGGGGCGGUGAGGGUGAAGAUGAGCGUGCCCAUGCUGAAGAUUGGAGCCGUGCUGAGCACCAUGGCCAUGGUCACCAACUGGAUGUCCCAGACACUGCCCUCACUGGUGGGACUCAACGGGACGACCGUCGGCGUCUCCCCCGAUGGCACGCACGAACGCAUCGUCAGCGGUUUGUAUCCGGGCUCGGAGGAGGCUUGGCAGGUGUACAGCACCGCAUCGGACCUGGACGGCCAGUGUGUUUGCGCGGUGGUCGCGUCUGCCCGGAACCUUUGCAAACGAGACCACCGCAGUUGGCAGAUAAGCUUGCUGACUCAACAGGUGCAGAAUGUGAGUCAGUCCAUGGAGGGGGUCCACCUGCGGACCUCCAGGGAGCUGCGACACUUCCGCGAGUAUGAGCCGCUGCUGCGGGGCGUGGAUGGACGUCUGCACUCGUACGCCAGCAGCCCCCGGACACUCACAUCCAAGGGUUUACAGGAGCUGAAGGGUCAGGUGACUCAGCUUCAGCCCCUCCUGUCCACGGCAGAUCAGUACCGGUCCGACGUUCAGACGCUGGCCACCCUGCGAGACGAACUGCUCAACCUGUCCAUCGUCCUGACGUCCAUCCAGGAGGAGAUUGGAGCGUACGACUACGAGGAGCUUCAGAGGAGAGUCCUGCUGCUGGAGACCAGGCUGCACAGCUGCAUGAACAAACUAGGUUGCGGUCGCCUGACAGCCGUCACUGGGCCCAUCACCGUCAGGGCGUCGGGGUCCCGCUUCGGCUCCUGGAUGACUGACGCCAUGAUUCCCAGCUCUGACAGCAGGGUGUGGUCCAUGGACGGCUUCUAUCGAGGCCGUCGCGUGCUUGAGUACCGAACCAUGGCCGACUUCACCAAGGGCCAGAACUUCGUGCAGCAUCUGCUCCCGCACGCUUGGGCCGGCACGGGCCACGUGGUCUACAACGGCUCGCUCUACUACAACAAGCACCAGAGCAACAUUUUGGUGCAGUACCACUUCCGCUCUCGCAGUGUGCUGCUGCAGCGAAGCCUAAGCGGUGCAGGCUAUAAUAACACCUUCCCGUACAGCUGGGGGGGAUCGUCCGAUAUUGACCUCAUGGCCGACGAGACAGGCCUGUGGGCCGUAUACACAUCCAUACCCAACGCCGGAAACAUUGUGGUAAGUCGCCUGUGCCCGCGCUCUCUGGACGUGCUUCGUAGCUGGUCCACGGGCUUCCCCAAACGCAGUGCGGGCGAGGCCUUCAUGAUCUGCGGCGUCCUCUAUGUCACCAACUCGCACCUGGCUGGAGCCAAGGUCCACUUCGCCUACAACACCAACACGUCCACCUAUGAGUACACGGACGUGCCCUUCCACAACCUGUACUCACACAUCAGCAUGAUGGACUACAACCCCCGAGAGAGGGCACUCUACACCUGGAACAACGGACACCAGGUGCUUUACAACGUCACGCUUUUUCAUGUCAUUCGCACCGACGGGUAGACCGAAUUGGACGGGUCUGGAGAGGAGUCAUGGACACUGUUGCGUUUGUGGUCGAUGUGUCGGGUCUGCAUGGUUCUGUUCCUUCAAUAAA